AUGGAGGAAUAUCUAGAGCAAGUUCGCCAAAGGCAUAGCGACCCAAUUCUAGAAACAGAAGCUAGAAAGAUUUUGGAGGGUAAAGCAAAUGGUCAGCAAUGUUAUUUCUGCGUUUCAACUACAAAAUCGUCAGACGUGCUAAUCGUAAUAGAAGGUCACAGAAAAGAAUUUCCACAUAAUAAGACCAUUUCUGCCAAUCAGUUGAGUCCAUGGCUGGUCGCUGGUUAUCGACCAAGUCAGCCUGACAUUCAAGCAGUAGGGGGUAUAUGUGCUUUUUCUGUGUAUAAUUGGAAUGGAAACGGUUGGAAGGGGCCAUUAGACGUCGUUGCGAACGAGCAAGGCCAGCAAGUUGUUUAUGCCACCGAAGACCAAACGGUUUUGGUCGAUCUUGGUGAUCGGACCAUGAAGAUUGAAGUUACCGCUGUGCGUGGCAUCUCCUACAUGUCGCAUAUUUUUACAAUCGAGAGCAGCUGGAGUAUAGUAAUGGAUUCAGAGCCUAGAACUUCGCGUCAGUGUUGUUAUUCAACAAACUACAAUGGAUACCAUUCUACGAAGAAGCAAAGAUUGCCAAACGUUUCACUGUUCAUAACCGCAUCCAAAAUACUUAUUUGA